GUAACUCUCAAUGUAUAUUUAUUAUUGGGAAAGACCUGAAGUAUUUAUUUUUCGUCAUUAUGUCAACAUUUUGAUGAAUAUAAGUUGCCCUUCUAUUGAAAACUUUCCUUGUUCAGUGUGCAAUGGCAGAAGAUCUUCCAAUAACUGGUGUUUGUAUUGUUGCUGAUCCAGCAAAAUGUCCACCAAAUUACACAUUGAUGGAUAAAACGUAUGGUGCUAUUCCUGAAGAUGCUGACUUGUGGAAGGAUAAAAUAUGGGGUCGAAAGGUCACGAGAUACAUGUGUGUUGAAAGGGGCUAUGCAGCACAGGAAACCAACGUACUGGUCGAUGUUGCUAUUAUUAAUGAUAGAGAUCCAGUCCCUCCAGGGUUUACAGUUGUAGAUAAUACUUUUGAUACACGAGAAAAAGCUAUAAAAAAGAAAGUAUUAUGUGUUAGAUGGAUGGAUAAAAGUAUGACACAAGAUGUGAUCACAGAAUUAGUAUUGUUGGGUCGCGGAUCUCGCAAACCUCCUGUGAAUUAUACAUUAAUCGGUGAAUUAAAUGGUUUUUCGUUAUGUUAUAAAAUUGGUAGACUUGUAUUACCAGGUGGUAUAAGUUCAUCCCAGGUUGAAUCAAAUACUGUUAAUAAUUAUCAUAAUAAUGUUCUCAACAUGUCUAACGUAGGAUCUAGUUUACCAUAUCCUCUCAAUCCGGACCAACCAACAGCUGCACCCUCUAUUAGACCCGCAGGUGACGACCACGUUACAGCAGCUAAUGCAUUGAUUGGUGUUCCCUGGCAGUUGAAUCCAAAAUUUCUAAUGUUAUCUGAGUUACAAAAUAUUACGAUUCCCAGGAUACCAUAUAAAUCUUUAUAUGAUGUGGAAACACAGUAUGAUUAUGAUUUUAACGUGGAGAGAUCGACAAAAGCUGCAGAAAAAUGAAAAUUUGUUUACUCCACUACACAAUUAUUUCUAUAUUUCUACCAUUGUAAAUAUUUACCGACAGUGUGCUAGAUAGUCGUACAUCAACGUAAAACAUGUUGCCUUAGUAACCAGCAAGUUUACUACACAGCUUUAACAGUUUGUGUGACAUUCACAAACUUUAUAGAAACACAAAAAAUUACAAUAUUAUGCUGCCAAAAAUGUAAAUAUAAAGAAUCGUUUGCAGCUUAGAAUUGUUUUAAAUUGAACCAUCUAAAAAUUGUGUAUUUUCUUGAUGUUGCGGCCUUCUCCCCCAAUAAAUAUUAUAUGUUUCGUGAAUCAUGCUGAUCCCCGUAAGUGCUGUUGUGUAGUCAACUCUCUUUUAGCUCGAUAGGAAUUUCACUCUUUUUUGAAAGGCUUUAAUUUGAAUGGAUGUUUGACAGAGCUAUAGAAUUUAUCUGUUAUACACUGUCAUUUAAAUUUUUAUAGUUCAAAUAUCACAAUUUGAGCUGACCAAUAAUACAAGAAAAAAUUAUCCUACCCUAUUAAAAUAUUUUCUCCCGCAUCCCCACUUGUCUUUGUCAAAUAUUUCCUUAUCCUUUUCCAAAAGACAUUUGUCUGGGAAAAAUACAGUUCUUUGUUGAAGGACUAAUGGCUCAUAUUUGGGCCAUUUUAGCUAGGCAGUAUCUAACUUUAAUUAAGAAUGUCUUUACUUUCACUUUGUGAUUGGGUGCCCCCUAAAAUGAAUGCCAGAGGGCUUUGACCCCCAUCCUCCCACCCCACCCCCCACAUCUGAUUUAGCACAUAAAUUACACAAGUUUGUUAGUGGCUUACACUUCUUGUUUUAAAGUAAAAUAUUUGUAUUUUGAUUUGUGAUAUACCCUGUAGAAAUAUAAUCUUAAACCAUUGCCAUGGAAAUUAUUAUUCUACAAAUGUUUAUAUGUAUGGUUAAAUUAAAUUUUUUGUAUACAUUAUUAAUAUCGGAAUACACCUAUAGAGGGCAGACAGCUUCCUUAUAUAAUUUAAUGUAUGUCAGAAUGAAAUUAAUUGGUAAAUCUGUUAACUGGACAUAUUUAUAUUUAUAUAUAAUGUAUAUCUCAAAAUAUUAGCACAACGUAAAGCUGCACUACUUUGUUUCACAGUAAACGAUGAAAAAAUGAAAGGUAUGCCAACACAAACUGAUUUCAACAACAUUAUUAAAGGUUUUAUUCACUCAUCUGUGGAGCUAGUCGGAAAUAAUUUGAUUAUCAUAUAUCUACUGUUAAUAUAUUAUGUUUAUUGUAAAUAGAUUGUAAAAUUAUUGGGCUGUUUGUCUGGCUGAAGCCAUCUCAGCAUUCAUGAAUGAUGGGGCUUGAUUAUUUAUUCAUCUAUAUUGUAUUGUGCAGCCUCUAGCCUUAGUUGCCCAGCUCCUGCUUCGAAUAUUGGACUGGACAAAUUAGCAUUAAUUGUGUAUACAGUAACUGGCUGUCUGGUUGUUCGAACAAUUCCUUGUACAUUGUGCAUCGAUUGUCAAACGAUUUUUGAUAUGAUGUCACAAUUGCAAGAUGGCAGGGAUGACAUCAUGCUCGGGUCCUGGUGCACAUAGUACGAUCAUUCUUUUUCAUCUUAAACAAUUGAAAGAUUUAUUAAAAUCUCUGUAUGAUUGACCUUUGACUAAUAUCCAGACUAAUAUUCCUUGUAGUCAAUGUGGAGACAAUUUAGGCUGAAAUAUAGGUUUAUAUCCCAAAGAUCUGGUUACUUUCGAUAUUGGCAUGUUUCGGACUGUAACUUCAUGGAUUAUGGUUCCUGAUUGUAUGAAAAAUCACUUUUUUGGCUUGUUCUCUGUCCAUCUCUUUCAAAAUGUGAAAGUAUCUUGUAUGGCAACCCCUUGUUAGUAUUCUUUAUUUGUCACCUAUAAAAAUGAAAUUGUGUUUAAUCAGUUUUUAUAUACCCAUAUGGACAUAUAUUGCCGUCACACCCGCCCGUCUAUCUGUGAACACUCUUACGUGAAAAAUUAUCAUCUGAUUGUUUUAAAAUUGAUAUAAGUUGUUUACAUUAGUGAGGUGAAGAAGCCUGUCUAAUUUCAAUAAUUCUGUUUAUUAUGUCUAGAGUUAUGGCUCUUGUGAGUUGUUGAACCUUGUGAAUGCCAAAAGUGAUCAUCCGAUUUUUGUGAAAUUUAUAUGCAUUAUUUAAAUUAGUAAAACGCAGAAGCCUAUUGAAUUUCAGCAAUAUCCAUUUAUUACGUCUAGAGUUAUGGCCCUUGUUUCACUUUGUUGAACCUUGUGAACCCUCCAACGCUAAAAAUUAUCCGAUCUGUCUGAAAUUUAUAUGCAGCAUUUAGAUUAGUGAAACCACAAAGACUAUUGAAUUUCAACAAUUUACAAUAAUUACUUCUAGAGUUAUGGCCCUUGUUAAUGCUCGAUUGAUGAAAGUUAUCAUCCAAUAUGUAUGAAAUUUAUAUGCAUAAUUUAAAUUUGUGAAAUGGAGGUCUUAAAUUUCAGCAAUUUCCGUCAAUUAUUCCUAGAGUUAUGGUCCUUGUUUUACUGUAUGAGAUUUAUAUGCAUUAUUUAAAUAAUUAAAACGAAAACAUCUUGUCAAAUUUCAAAAUUUUCUGUAAAUUACUUCCAGAGUUACGGCCCUUGUUUCAGUUUGUAGAACCUUGUGAACCCUCAAAUGACAAAAUAUUAUAAUCUGAUCUGUAUGAAAUUGUCUUGUAAAUGCCCCCAAUUACCUGCAAAAGAAUAAAUAUUUAGCUACUGUUGGCAUAUUUUUUGUUGCCUGGCAACCUAUCUUUUUCCUGGGUGGUCUAGUGGUUUAACACAUACACUUUAAGUUGUAAGAUCUGUCAUUGAGUUAACUGGCGUGGUUUCAAUUCCCUGCUUGUUCGUGACAAGGAGUAGGGCUGCCUGUCCAACCUCGUGGGAUUUUACUGAGUGCUGUAGUUUCAUCCCACUGCUGAAUACCUCAAGGCGCAAUUGAACCAUUUGUUAGUCCUGCAAUGACAGAGUUCUGUGUCAAGUGGACGUUAAACCCCAGUUCUCGUACUCAGGUCACAAUAUGAACUGAUAGUCUUUAUGAAACUCUUGUGUUCGAUUCAUGGAUAGAGUUUUCAUGAAAUAUAAAUAUAUACCCAGUGUAGAUUGAUUUAGCUUUUGUAUAAAGUCACGCAAUUAUGCUCAGUUUGUUGUCUGCUCAUAGGAUUAUGGUUUUUGUUGUCUUUAAAUAUUUAUUGAUAAUGUUCUGUAUAUACUUUUUGAUUUUCUAUCAUCUUAAACACUAUAUUUAACCUUAGAGAUUGCUUUCGAUCUUGAACAAUAUUGUAUUAUUUAAAUUCCCUGAUAGUUAUUUGCAUUUCUCAGACAAUAUCUAAUUUUUACACGGCUUAAUCCAUGUUAAUAUGUACUAAGGUCAGCAACUUGGGACUCGACUUGGACUUGGUCCUGCAACUUGUUCCCACCUCUGCAUAUUAGGGUCUCUUACACUCUGUAUUUAGCCUUUAUUCUGGCAUGGGUGGAAACUUUUGUUUGCCUUUCAGCACGAACACGCGUAUGUGCAUAAUAUUUGUUUCAAUGUAUAUAUUAUAUUGUAUGUGAAUGUAGUCCAAAUAUGAUUUCAUAUACAUGUAUACGAUGAUAUUGAGGGUACUGUCUUUAUUUAGGUUUAUUUGUUUUAAAUUGUAAAAAACGUAAAAAAGAAUCGUGGUGUGAAUCUGAGUGCAAAUCUUGAGUUAAUGCCCCUGCUUAUCUUUAACUUGACCCUGACCUUAAAGCAGUUAAAUAAAACUAUAGUUGUUUUGUGUGUAAACUCUUAAAAAUUGAUUUAUAAAUUGGAAUAUUCACUGAAAAACAAAACCUAGCUAAUUAAUGAACAGUCUUUUCAUUGGCUUAGACCUGAAAUUUAUGAUAAUAUUUUAACCCUCAACCAAUAAAAAAGACAUUCCUUUAAAUACUUUACUUUUAGUUUUCGUGAAUGAGGUCCCUGCUCAAAAAUACAGAUAGUGUUCUCUAAUUAGAAAUGGUUUGACGCAUCUGUCAUUGAGUCAAGUGGCGUAGUAUUGAUUUCGCGCUUGUACGUGAGAAGGAGUAGGGUCGCAUGUCCAACCUCAUGGGUUUUCUCCAGGUCCUUCCCAUUGAACUAAAAUUGAACUAUAUGCUUGUCCCAAAAUGACCUGAUUUGUGUGGAGUGGAUGUUAAACUCUCUCUCUCUCUCUCUCCACUAACAUUCAAAGAGGAUUCAAUUUAAGGGAAUUAGUCUUAUGAAAUUAUAAAUGAAUUAAUAUAUAAUUUAUCAUUAAUAAGUCCCCUAUUCUUUCAUUGUUCUACUGACAUUCAAAGAGGGUUCUUCAUUUUAAUGGAAUUAUUCUAUGAAAUAAGCAAAUGUAUUAAGAUGAUUUAUUUGUGUAAAUUAUAUGAUUGGUUGGGUUUAGCUGUUAAGUAUUAGAUAAUAUAUAUGGGUAGGCCAUGUGUAAAUUAAAUAUAGCAGGCCUACUGUAGUUGAUCUGGGCCUAAAGAAUAUAGUAGGCCAUGUGUAAGUAAAAUGUAGCAGGCCUACUGUAGCUCAAGUGAUCUAUUAAUUAUACUAAUGUUUUUAUAUUGUAGAUUAAAUACUUAUCAUUAUUCAGAA